CAGAUUCUCUGAACCUUAUGAUGAUUUAUGUCCGGGAAACCAAAGUCUUUGGGUUCCGGGGGGAGUAUGGUUGCAAAGCUGAAACUUAAAGGAAUUGACGGAAGGGCACCACCAGGCGUGGAGCCUGCGGCUUAAUUUGACCCAACACGGGGAACCUUACCUGGGCCGGACACGGAAAGGAUGGACAGAUUGAUGGCUUUUUCUCUAUCGUCCAAAUAUGAACACGAUAAUGGACUUGAUUCUUCAUCAUCAUCCUUCACUUUUUUAUUUCUAAGAGGAAACAUGACCCCGGAAGUAAAUGCGUCAUCCCAUAGUUUGUGUUUGUAAAUUGUUUUUUAAUUUUUUUUUAUAAUGCAGCGUUAACAAAACGUCUGUAUUUUUAUAAUAUAGCGUUAUAUUUGUAUAAUAUAACGUUGACAAAACGUCUGUAUUAAUCAUGACCCCGGAAGUAAAUGGGGGGGAAGGUUGUUGUAGGAGGGAAGAAAUUUGGCGUGACAAAGCCGCUGAACACCAACGAAGAAGCGCCCACCGCCGGAAGUGUUAGCAUAGCCGAGCGAGUCAGUAAAGCGUGGAUAGCGGGCGUCGGCGGUCGGAAGUGUGGCUUUAUUUUACAAAAAAAAAAAAAAGAAAUAUCGGCAAAAUGUAACACGUGCGACAGGACUGUUUAGUGCUUAGGUGGGUGCACGUCGAACAUGAUGAAGCACCUCCGAGUUCAUGGAGUACAAAUAAAUGCGUGUCCCGUCUUCGACGCGCUGCGACGACCGUCUUCUGUCUCUUCCUCUGGCUCCGGCUCCGACGCCCAGUCUGGAACUUCGGUGAAUGCACUGCAGUCCGAAUCCGACAAUUUACAACCUGCUAGCCAGGCUCCGCGAUGUGCUCAGCGUACUCCGUUCACCAUAACGGCAAUGGGGAAGAUGUCGGUGCCACAGACGGAAGAGUGCCACGGAAAGGUCACUGCACACAUAGUCAAAAGACUGCAUCCCUUUUCAGAGGUGGAAUCUCCAACAUUUGGGGAUAUGGUGAAAACUCUCAACCCAAAAUACAUACCACCUUCCAGGGACUACCUGGCAAACACAUUGAUCCCGGCAUGGUAUAAGAAGAAUCGGAAUCGAGAAUCGUCAGGAAUCGGAAUCGAAACAAAGAAUCGGAAUCGUUCGAAUUCAAACGAUACCCAACCCUACUCAAAAGUUGACAAAAACUCGAGUUUAAGUGAAUCACGGCUAUGUGUACUCAAUGGAGAUUCAAGUUUCACUGACUCACGUGUUGACAAAGACUUGAGUUUCAGCAAAUCACAGAUAUGGGUUUGUCUCUGUGCGAUAUAGAAAAUGACUAUAUCGUAAUAUUCGGGUAUACGUUCUCACGCAGUUGCUUUUAGCUGCGGUUUCUUCUCACUCUUUCCUGUCUCUCCUUCUCACAGACAAGCAGGCGCACAAACUUACACCCGUCACAUACUGUCACGUCAUACGUCACCUACGUAUACGCCCUCGCCCAGCAGAGAGGUAGCAGACUGGGUAACAUUAGCUGUGACGCUAACGUAGCCGUACGAGUGUUAAUACGAGAGAAAGAAGGUGCGGAUCUGGUAACAAAUGAAGGAAGACUUAAUUCCCAAUAACACAGCAGGGGGUCCAUCGUCUGGCGGUGGUUCAGCUUCAAGUGGGAAUAUGUCGAGAACAGACAACCUUAAUUUGUCAAGUGUGGGACAAGCGUUGCUAUAAAAAGUAGCAUUACUGCUAAUAUGUAGCAUCGUUUGAAAAGUCAAUCGCUAGAGAAUGAAGAGAAUUUCAUAACGUCUGGAGUAACCUACCACAUAGUGAAGGAUGAAUACUAUUUGAUUUCCUAUUAUGCAGCUCAUUUUUAUUUGACACUUAAAAUAUCCCUGACAAUUUUGCACUUUCUGUUUUGGAAAUGACAUGAAUGUUUGUGCCACUGCUUAGUAACUGUUUAAUAA